AUGUUUUUUUUACAUACAGAUGCGUCACAAUACGCGCAUUUCGUGUUCAAUGCCGUAAAACACAAGCAUGGAGGCAAAUUAAGCUUUGAGGAAUUUCUCGACACGCUGUCACGGGUUGCACGUGGUUCUGUCCAAGAGAAACUCUCCUGGGUCUUCGCGCUAUACGAUGUGGACGGUGAUGGGCGGAUCUCCAGGUCAGAGAUGCUGGCUGUAGUGCAAGCAGUAUAUGAACUACUUGGGCGGGCGGCGGUGCCCCCCGUACUUCCGGCGUCUGCUAAGGAUCACGUAGAUAAAAUCUUUGACCUGAUGGACACGAACGGCGACGGCGUGGUGAGUCCGGAGGAGCUGGCACGCUGGUGCGCGCGCGAGCCGGUGCUGCUGCAGUCGCUACAGACGUUGGACACGGUGUUGUGA